AAUAGCUAAACCUGUUUGUUUAUAAUUUGCUAUCGUAAUUUCGAGUUUUAUUCUGUGUUAAUAUUAUUUAAUAUAGUGUUAAAAUGUUUAGAUAGUGUUAUUCAAUAAUGGCUUCCAUAGUAAUGCAAAAAGAUCUUGUAAUUACUCUCAAAAAGGAAACAAUCCUGAAUGUGGGAAUACUAAGCAAGCUGCAGCCAAUGCUUCCAGAGUUAUCAAGGUUGAUAUUUAAGGAAAGUGCUCUUGAUAAACCUACACAAAACUUAUUUAACCAAUUAUCCCAUUAUUUGGUGUCUAUAAUCGAUCCGCAAGUAUACGCGUCGCUAACAUGGCCUUUGUAUGAUACUAAAGCUGAAAGGACCUAUAGAAAUGAAUUUUCAGUGUUUAUAAGCGAUUAUAGUUCAAAAGGUCUGCUUACUCCAGUCAUGUCUUCAUAUUUAGUUAACGCAGGAUGCUAUAAGGUGACUGUUCUAAUGUUCCAACUCUCACAAUUGGCGGUAAAUCGGAUGCUUCAAACAAAAAUGGUUAAAGAAAAUAAAAAAUCGCUAUACAGUGACAUGACAGAAAAGUUUAAAGCCCAUGAAAAGGAUGGCUUUUUGGAAUGCAUAGAAAAAGAGACGGAUAUUAUGUUAAGUAAAUUCUCCAAUUAUUUGAGCAAAAGGCAUAUUAUGGAGAAUAUAGCAGAAUUGUUCCGGAAGAAGAUUACAGCAAUGGAUAAUAAAUUAUCACAGCUGAAGGCUCAAAGUUUUAUUAAUGAUUUGGUGGACAAUUUUGUAAGCAAAAAUGAUUUAGAUGAUGCAAGCAGAGAGCAAAUAUUGAAAAUUAAGAACCCUAAUGAACAAUCACUGUUCUUUGAUAACUGGCUACAACAUGUCGGUCAACAAACUGAUGGCUUAGAGCAUAAAUGGACAAACAAAGUCUCACCGUUACUGGACCAAUUUAAUGUAGUUCAUGAUUUAACUGAAGCUGUGAUCAACAGACAUACAGGUCAAGUAGAGAGAAGUUCGUACACUCUUGAAUAUGAUCCAAAAGUCGAUCGAAUCUGUACAAAAGAACUACAAAGCUACGUUAACACACAACAAACGUAUAUACUCAAAAAUAUAGAGAGAGCUGGCUGUUUGAACUUCCCGAAUCUGAUUCGAGCCUUUGUCAUAUCUAUCUGUUAUAUAUUAAAAAAUAAUGAGAUUGGUAAUGAAGUAUAUAAGUUCAAUCAGUACUUGGAAGGAGCCAAUCAUAAUUUCGGUGGAAUGGUUUCAGCUCUAAAAAUAUUAAUAGAAAGGCUUCUGAAUGCUGAAGCUAGAUUACAGCCAUCAUCACUGGAAUAUAGAUCAGUUUGUUUAAGACAGUAUCCCGAGAUUCCAUUAUUACCCGAUUUAUCAGAAUUGAAGAUAAGCCGAGAUCAGUAUCAUACAGUUUAUGAGACGUUCACUCCUCUCAAUCUGACUCGACAUCAUUUUAAUCUAAGGAGACGGAACAGCGGCACGUUUGCGAAGCCCCAAUCCAGGUCAUUAAUACAACCAUUCUAUCAAUUACCCAAGGAUGAGUUCCUCAGAAGUUUGAAAACCUGUCGGAGAUCUUAUAACGAAAACUUAAAUAUGACACAGAAUGUAAACAACAUCUCGAUGAUAUCCAACAUCAACAAAGUCAAUGAGACCAUAGCCGAGUGUUCAUCCGGAUUCACAAAACAACAGAUAUUAAGAUUGCUGUCCACAAAGAAAUCGGGCAGCUCAAAGAAGUUAAAAUACACAACCGAACAUACUAACAUUAAAAUAAAGAAAGGGGGACUUUUCAAUGAAUCUGUAAAUUCAAAUGAGAGUAACGGCCUGUUUCGGAGCUACUCAUCACCUAAUUUGUUUGAAAAUAAAGAUAGGAGGUCAUUCAAUAAAAUCAAAGGCAGGAAAUUAUCUAUCAUGAAAGAAGAUAGUUCCUCACAACUUGAAGUGUCCGGCAUCACUUGUAUCGACCAGGACAGCAAUUAUAAUUCACCCCAUGGGCUCGGUAACGCAGAGAGUUCAAGGAAUUUGGACUCGACUAACAUACCAAUAAUCACUGUAACCAAUGACAGUGAGAAAAUUAUUAACAAAGUAAAUAACAUUCAGAUUUUGACCGAUUUAGAAAUGGAUAGUACCGUUUCACCUAUAUUAGAAGUACCACGGAGUAUCGAUAUAACUCCAAAGACAAAUACAUCUGUUAUAAGGAAGACUAGUUCGUUGGAGAAAAUUAUAAAUCGCUUCAAGAAAGUCAGAGCCAGUGUCAUACCAGAUCGUGAAGUUACAGACAUCAAAACUAUAGAGGAAGAAAAUUUUAAUGGAAAUUUCGAAAUGUACACAGCGAAUAGAAACUUAUUGCCAGAUUUGUUGAGUCCGAGUUGCAGCGUUUGGAGGAAUGUUAACAGUAACUGCCUGGAUGAAUUCUGUCUGGAUCUGGAUGAAGUUGAAACGAGGAAACCGAGGGAAAGUCUGGGGACAGCGCUGGGUGUGGACCAGACUUUUCUAGACCAGUUCGAUUUGAUAGACUGAUAUUUGUUAUCGAUACAUGAAAAUAUAGUUCGGAAAGAACAACAUUAUAUUAAAAGUGUACUAAUAGUCCUUAUAAUGUGUCUCGUGUGGUCUGUUCUAAUGAGAUGUGUGUGUUUUAAUGAGAUUAUCAUUUAAUAUGAGUCAGUAGCGAUGGAGGUCACUUGUAAUGACUACAUCCACCGGCAAUGCUUCAUACAUUAAAACAUAAUUUAUAACUAAUAACUUUAUUAACAAUAACAUAAUGUAUCCCAGUCCAAAACACAAAUGAGCUUUAACUUCAAUAAUAUUGUUAACGUACGUACUAAACUAACAUAUUUAUGGGACCUCUAACAUGUAUAUAGCUGUGUAUAAAAUAAUUUUAUUAAAAAUA